ACUGUCAGCUGCUUCUUAAUAAUAAUGAUUCUAAUGGAGUCACAAUUUGAUAAUACAGACGAAAACUACUGGAACCGCUCCUCGAGAGCUGCCUUCAGCUUUGAUGACGAAGAUGACAUCGAUCUGGGAGAUGUUGGCGCCAGAAUUAGCUCAGGACCAGCGAACCAAAACGAUAAAUGGGACAAUAAUGCAAUAUUCAAUGACGACACCAUUUCGGAGGCCAGUUUCGAUAAUAGUGCCGCACUGGGAACCCUGAAUCAUCUCUCCAUCAAGGCCAUAUUGAGCGAUGAAGCACUCAAGUUGGUUUUGCAAGAACAAUCGCUGGACGAUCAUGUCAUGCCCAAGGGCGUUACACCCGAGGAAGAACUGAAGCUGAUGCGACGUCAAAUUCAGAGUACACUGUACAGCCCCAAUCUGGAGGCGACGGCUCAGAAACUGCAGCACGGCAAAGUAGCGCCGCUGGAAUUGUUCAAAUCACUGCUCGAGAAGCAACAAUUGCUGGACACGCUGCUGGCUAAUGGCGGCGAUGCAGUAAUUGGAGUGCUGUUGUUUCUCAAGCGCACGCUGAACACCAACCAGUUUCAUAGUAUACUACAGCAGCGACCCAAGGCGUUGGAGCACUAUCUCAGCUAUCUGAAUCAGAGUGGUGACAUAAGCCUCUACAUUGAGAUGCUGCAGCGUUUUGGGCGUCACCAGGAAGCGGCUCUCAGGCAGUUUCAGGCUGCCCUGGCAUGCACGGAUGUUGUCACGCGUAAACAGCAGCUGAAGCGUCUCGUGGAUGCUUAUGCCACCGCCGGCGUGGGCAUCAUUCCACUCUACGAGCAGGUCUUUCAUGCAGCACUCAAACUGCAGUUGGUCAAGGAAAAGGAAACCAUUACCAGUGGGCUAAGUCAACAGCUUAGCGACCAGCCGACGCCUAUUGAACUGCUCUAUGUGUGCUGUGCCCAGAAUAAGAACUGGAAGGAACAGGAUAUGCUCAAGCUCACCUCGCCCCAACGGUUUGCCGCCGAUCAGGAAAUCUCAUCGGCCCAAUACGAAUGGACUGCGCUCAAUGAGCGAGCCCAUGCCCAAGCCUAUGGCGACUUGGAGUGCAUCUUUGUGCGCGCACCCACAUGGCAUUCGCUCAAGUCGAAGAAGUUUCACAUCAGCUUCGAUUUGGCGCUGGCCGUGCAGCGUCUAUUUGAGCUGCAGGCACCAUCAACGGUGCUGCAAUUGUUUCUGUCCAAGAUGAACAACAGCACCGAAAAGUUGGCACUGGCGCAACGUGUCAAAUGCGUCAAGGCCGUCAUCGAUGCUAUGGUGAGCAUGAAACAGCAACAGGAACUGCAACAAUUAAAGGAGACGCUGCCGGACAGAUCCGAGGAACAGUUCUAUUGUGAAAAUGCGCUCAAAUCGCUGCAGAGCAAACGCUGGACAACGGACAAUAUCAAACUGAAGCUUUAGCUAGCGACGCCACAAGACUUCUGUAUAAAUGUAUUGUUUUUAUUAUUUUGUUACUAAUCAUAUGUAUACACAUAUCAUUAUUAUAAUAUUACUUUAUGUAUUAAAUAAUUGCAAAUCACAAGCUGAAUAUCAAUUGAAAA